AUGUACCUGAUCACUGUGCUUGGGAACCUGCUCAUCAUCCUGGCUGUCAGCUCAGACUCCCACCUCCAUACCCCCAUGUACUUCUUCCUCUGCAACCUGUCCUUGGUGGACAUCUUCUUCACCUCCACCACCAUCCCCAAGAUGCUGGUGAACUUCCAGACUCACAGCAAAGCCAUCUCCUACAAAGGUUGCAUCACCCAGAUGUAUUUUUUCAUUCUAUUUGCAACACUAGAUGACUUUCUCUUGACUGUGAUGGCAUAUGACCGCUUUGUGGCCAUCUGUCAUCCCCUUCACUACACUGUCAUCAUGAACCCCCGCUUGUGUGUACUGUUAGUUUUUUUGUGCUGGGUUGUCAUGGUCUCCUUAUUUUAUUUUACAAGCAUUGGAGUGUAUCUUAGUUCUUCUGAUACCCAGGGAUCACACUCAAGUGCAAUGGCAUCUGUGCUGUAUACAGUAGUCACUCCCAUGCUGAACCCCUUCAUCUACAGUCUGAGGAACAAAGAUAUAAAAAGAGCU